AUGAACUUGAAUCAGAGUCAAGGCAAUCUACAGCAACAACAGGGGCAACAACAACAACAGGUUGGCGGACCAGCUAGCUCACUCGCCUCAUCAACCUCUGCCACAGGCGGAUCUGGUGGAGGCGGUUUAAGUGCAGGCGGUGGUGCGGGCGGAUACACCAAGAUAUGCGAGUUAAAGCCCUUUGUAAAGAACGUCAAUUGUAUAUUUAUAGUAUUGGAGAAGUUUCCACCAGUCAAGAAGAAGGAAGUCAUACACCAAGUACUUGUAGCAGAUCAUACCGCAUGUAUAAAUAUGACAUUGUUUGAUCAGUUUGGAGAGCAAGCACAACCUGGCGACAUACUUAGACUUAGGGGAGGAUAUGCAUCACUGUUCCACGAAUCGCUAUAUCUCUAUGUUGGCAAGACGUCUGGUGUCAUUGAGAAGAUUGGAGAGUUUGCACUCAACUUUGUAGAGCAUCCCAAUCUUAGCUCAGCUCAAUGGAUGCCAGAUCCAAACAAUCCAAAGCUGUUCAUUCCUAAGCAAUUACAACCUGGACAAGCACCUGUUGCCGUGCCAUUCCCAUCCAAGCUGAAACCAAUGUCCCAAUCACAACAACAACUACCACUCCCAACACCCCCUGCAGGAGCGGCUGGUCAACUACCGCCACAGCAACAACCAAAGUAA